AUGGCUGCAGUUAAGGCAAAUGAUGUUGUGGAGGAUCGCAGCCAGCUCGAUAUUGGUUGGGUGAAUUCUCGAUGUCAAAUGGAGAGAGGGUUUAUUGAGUUUGCUAGAAAUGGUUUUGAGCAACAGCAUCAGUCUUCAUCAAGAAUUGAAAGAAAGAAAAUGUUUCAGAAUAAUAAUAAUGUUGAUGAAUUUGAUCAAGAUCCUAUGUCUUGGUCAAUGCAACUGGAAAAUCAUUUUUGUGGUGAAUUUUCUAUGGCUUCCAUUCAAUCUAACCUAAAAAUGGAAGAUAAAAGUCAAGUGGAGGUGUGCAACUAUGCAACUUUUGUUGGCAUAUACGAUGGAAACAAAGGAGAUUCUGCUGCUAGGUAUCUCAACAAUUACAUCUUCAAGGAUCUACUGGACCGUAUUGAGAAGUAUCUAAAGAGAUAUAAUAUGACAAAGGAUGCUGCAAAAGAAAUUAUGUUACAAUCUUUUUCUGAAAUGGAGAAACAAUUCACCGAAAUAGCUGACUUUGGUUAUACGUCUUGGAAAAACCCAUACAUGAGCGUUGUGAGCUCCGGUUGUUUGAUUUGUUUGAUUUGGGGACGGGAGUUGUAUCUUGCCAAUCUAGGAGACUCACGAGCUAUACUAUGUUCUAACCAGCCUGGUUCAGAAUUGCUUGUUCAUCCAAUGCUGAGAGAUCACAAUUGCAGAAAUGUAGAGAUUCGGCAAGAACUCGAAUCAUUACACGGGCACGACGAUACCAUUUGCUCCAAUGUCUUUGGGGAAUGGCGCGUCAAAGGCUUAAGCGAGACAAGUAGAUGUAUAGGCAAUGCAUAUUUGAAAAAAGCUGAAUUUACUACAGAGAGUGGUUUUAAAGCCGCACCAGGAGAAGAGGUUACGUCAAUAUUCACGGAACCAGUUCUAUCAGCAGAACCAGAGUUGUAUACAAGAGAUUUAGAUGGUACUGAAAAGUUCAUUAUAUUUGGAUCUGGUGGAUUUUGGAAAUUAUUAACAAAUGAGGAGGCUGCUAAAAUCGUUAAUGACCAUCCGCGAGAAGGAAUCGCAAAGAGGCUAGCAGCUCAGGCUGUAAAAGUUGCAGCUGAAAGAUGGGGCCUAGCCUAUAGGGAAGUGAUGCUUGCCCCUAAGGGAGUGAAAAUAAGCGGAAAACCUUGUACUUCUUCCGAACUAAUUAAGCCGCUUUAUCAUGAUGAUAUAACUGUAAUUGUUGUAUAUUUGGACUUAAAUCUUCCUGUGACAGUAGACAGCGAGACUUACAACAGUUACCGAAGCCACUCGGAUAGUGUUCUACCAUCGGGUUUUGGCUAUGAUGUGGAAGUUGAUGACCACUGGGAUUAUGGGAAGAUUGAUGAUGUGUAUGGUGACACAUAGAGCUAGGAAAUAAAUAAGAUACCUACAUAGUUUUGGUGGUCAUGUGUGACACAUGAUGUAUUAUCUAGGAAAUAAGAUGCCACAGUUUUUUUCAUUUACUCAGUUCUGUUGUAAGUACCUUAGUUUUCCAAAUGGAAGUUUGAAAA